AUGUAUGAACACUGGGCUUUAAGACUAUUUCCUAAAUAUUCAUUUGAAGAUGUAAUUGAUAAAAUUGAAAAUUUAGGUCACAAAAAUGUAGUCAAAACCACACUUCAUAAUAUGCAUCAAUUAUUUAAAGAUGAACUUAAUUCACAAAGAAUGUCAAAUAAUGAAAAUGAUCACAAUUUUAACAUUGAAUUUAAUGAAGAUAUAAAUUUAAUAAGUAACCUUGAUAAUAGCUUGAUAAAAUCCACCAUAACACAAAAAACUGAUCAUGAUGAAAUGGGGUAUUAUGAAGAAAUCAACAGUGAAAAUACACACAUAAAUGACAAUGAAGAAGAUUUAAAUGAAAAUAUUCAAACAUUAGAACCAGUUUUAUCUUUAUCAUGUGAUUUGAAGAAAAGAAUUGAAAAAAAUAGAUUGUUAGCUCUUGAAAAGAGAAAAUAUGCAAAUAAUUGCUAA